UGAAGAUCAAAACAUGGUAGUUGACGACGAUGGUUUUGUUGAAGGGUCUAUUGUAAAGAUUACAUUGACCAACUUUGUCACUUAUGACUACUGUGAAAUCCUUCCUGGACCACAAAUGAACAUGAUUAUUGGGCCUAACGGUACCGGUAAAUCUACCAUCGUUUGUGCCAUUGCCUUAGGAUUAGGUGGUACCCCGGCAUUGUUGGGAAGAGCAAAGAGUAUUUCAGAAUUUGUUAAAACUGGAGAGGACGAGGCGACUAUUAGUAUCGAACUGAAGAAAGUGGGCACCAGAAACGUCAUUAUUCAACGUACUUUUAAAAAGGCGGAUGGUAACAUCAAUACCUGGAGAAUCAACGGCAAAUCAACCAGUCAGAGAGAGGUUCUGUCUAUAGUUCGAAAUUUGAAUAUUCAAGUAGACAAUCUUUGCCAAUUCUUGCCUCAGGAUCGUGUCUCCGAAUUUGCAGAGUUAUCUCCCGCUCAACUUUUAGAAAGAACCCAAGCAGCAGCAGGAGAAACCGAGUUGCAUGAGAUGCAAAAGAAGUUAAUGGAGUGGAGAGAAAAAGAGAAGACACACGAGAAGGUAAAAAAAACUGAUAAAACCAGUGCCAAU